AUGUCGCCGGACGGCGUCCCUCCGCCCUCACCACCUUUGAUACUUGUAUCGUCGGGUACAGCACAGUACAGCGCAUCCAUCCUCAUCGCUUCAGACACCAUCCUUCCCCUUUUGGCAAUCUCAGUCCUAUCCCCUCCCUCCCCACGGUCGUUGCAACAUCGCCCGACGCUCGUGCGACCAAUCGAAGCACUUGUUUCCCAGCAUCUGCCCUUCCCGUGCCAAUCGCGUCUGCCUAGAGCCUCAUGA